CUUUUAUAACUCAGUGCAGGUGAGCAGGUGCGCUUUUUGAGGACAGGUUACUAGGAUAUUCCCAUCACAAGACCCGCACAGGAGCACUGGGCGCCCCGCCGUGACAACAGAGGCCUGAGUGAAGGGGCAGAAUGGCCAACUUCAAGGGACAUGCAUUACCUGGUUCAUUCUUCCUGCUGUUUGGCCUGUGGUGGUCGAUAAAGUACCCGUUCAGACAGAUACGGAAGAAAAAAGACAGGCAACAUGGAGACAGAGGCAGACAAAUGCACACUGUACUGUUCAACCGCAUAGAUUUAGUUGAAGGAGCUCUGAAGAUCUUUUUUGCAUUUGUUGGGAUCAUGGCUGAGCAGUUUGUGCCUGAUGGCCCUCAUGCACAUCUGUAUAAGGAUGGCUGGGUGAAGCUGAUGAACUGGCAGCACAGCACCAUGUACUUGUUCUUUGGUAUUUCUGGCAUUGCAGAUGUUCUCAGCAUGUCUUCUCGCCACGUGCCAGUUGGUCUUGACCGCCUCUCCCUUUCUUUAGCUCUCUUUGUGGAAGGGUUCCUUUUCUAUUUCCAUGUUCACAAUCGUCCCCCUCUGGACCAGCACAUUCACUCUCUGCUUCUGUAUGCGGUGUUUGGUGGAGCCGCCAGCACAAUGAUGGAGGUGUUUAAGCGAGAAAACAUAGUGCUGGAACUGCUCAGGUGCAGUUUGGCCAUCCUACAAGGGACAUGGUUCUAUCAGAUUGGGUUUGUGCUGUAUCCUCUAAAUGGAGAAGAGUGGGAUCUGGACAGACAUGACAACAUCAUGUUCAUCACCAUGUGCUUCUGCUGGCAUUUUGCUGUGGCUCUUCUGAUUGUGGGCAUCUGCUACUGUAGCGUUUUUUGGGCUUCAAAAUGGUGUGAAAGAAGGCAGCUAGGCGACAUGGAGAUGGGCCUCAGAAAGAGCACUGCUUCAGAUUCUAGCUCCCAGAAGGCUUUGCUCCAGGAAUCAGAUGAAGAGUAGUGAUGACUCCCAAGACUGAAUGCACUGAAUCCAAAGCUUUUUGCCAUUUUCUCUUUCUAUAAGACUGCAAAACCAGUCAAAAUUUUUGAACUGUAAGAUAACUGUAAUGUUUUUUAAAGUAUCUUCUGCUCACCAAUCCUGCAUUUAUCUGAUCUGAAGUACAGCAAAAACACUACAAAUUUUAAAUAUUUAAAAUAACUGUUUUCCAUUUGAAUAUAUUUUAAAAUGCAAUUUAUUCCAGUGAUUUCAAAGCUGAAUUUCUAGCAUCAUUACUCCAGAAUAUUACAAUGAUUUCUGAAGACGAAUGAUUUCUGCUCAGAAACAUUUAUUAUUAUGUUGAAAACAGCUGAGUAGAACUUUUUCAGGUUUCUUUGAUGAAUGGAAAGUUCAAAAGAACAGCAUUUAUCUGAAAUAGAAAUAUUUUUGUAACAUUAUAAAUGUCUUUUUGAUCAAUUUAAAAUAGCCUUGCUAAAUAAAAGUAUUAAUUUCUAUCAUUUAAAAAAAAUAAAUAUUGAUAAUAUAAUAAAAAAUGUUUUCUUAAACAGCAAAUCAGCACAUUAAAAUUUUGCUGUUUUUUCUGCACCUUGGAUCAAACAAAUGCAGGCUUGGUGAGCAGAAGAAACUUAAAAAACAAAAAUCUUGUUAAAAAAAACUUUUGACUGGUAGGAUAUAUGAGUUUAUGUUUGCAUCAUUUCACUGCAAAAGAUGUGCUUGUGCUGAAAAUAUCACAUCAGAAUGGACUUGUAAAUAAUGUGGUUGUCACAGGUGCCAGACGCACCUGUAAAACCCAGAGAUUUGCCAAACUAGAUGUAAAAAUAAAUCCUGAUAUUCUUUUAGGAUAUCAAACGCGUUUGAAUGAUAUUCACUCCAAUAUACCUAGCUGCAUAAUGAUGCAUUUAAAUGUUUUCUAAUGAAAUGUAAAUGAAGAAUAUACAAGCAUUUAAUUGUUGUCAGUUUGAUUCUUGUUACCGGCCACAUCAUGUAAAUGAAAUGGCCCAAACCAGGCAAAUUGUUUGUUUUACAUGUACACAAUUUAAAUGCAGGGUUAAGUCCUAGAUUUGGUUUGGUUGAGUUAACGUGACAGUUGUUUUGUUUUGAUUUGUUUCCUUUAGCAGAAUCAUUUAUUUAUCAUAACACAAACAGUGGCUACUGAAUAUAAACAGUACUUGUUAAAUUACAUUUCUUUUGAAGAACGUAAGAUAUAAAAAGCACAAAUAAACUUGCCUCUGUGUACACGUCAA